AUGCCUUUUAUCUUUUCUCCCCUUUUGUAUGCCUGUGUCUCUCUUUCUCUCAAAUUUGUAAAAAAUGCCUGUGUCUCUUUCUCUCCCGUGUCAUGCAUGUGUAAUCUCUUUUUCUCCCCUUUGUGCAUGCCUGUGUCUCCUUUUUUUUUGUGUAUGCCUGUGUCUCUCUUUCUCUCCCCUUUGUGUAUGCCUGUGUCUCUCUUUCUCUCCCCUUUGUGUAUGCCUGUGUCUCUCUUUCUCUCCCCUUUGUGUAUGCCUGUGUCUCUCUUUCUCUCCCCUUUGUGUAUGCCUGUGUCUCUCUUUCUCUCCCCUUUGUGUAUGCCUGUGUCUCUCUAUAUUCUUUUCUACUCCAUUGUGCAUUGUGUAUCUCUCUCUCUCUCCCUCUCUCUCUUUGCUACAUCUUACUUGCUGGCUUUGAAGAAUUUAUCCAAUUCCAAUGACAGUCAAGAUGGUGUUCCAUAA